CAUGACGUUGUCAUGAUGACAGAGAUUGACAAUGACAUUGUUAUGAUCUUUGGUGAUGAUGUGAUGGUGAUGAAAUGGAAACUAUACACGCCCACAAACGCACCUAAACGUUUAUAUUGAAGUUUAAUGAACAUUUUACAUACUUUUACAAUAAUCUCCGGUUUUUCCUUCUUUUCUUAAACACUUACUGACGAAUACUAUUAAUACUUGCAAUAUAUAUACUCCAUUAUUUUGAAAUCGUUAUUUUUAACAAAAGAAAAAAAAAACAGAAGUAAGAAAAAGUACAGUAGUGUUAAGUGUAAAUAUACUCUAUCAAAAUGCACGGCAGAGUAAAAGUACGAACAACUGAAGAGGAAAAGGCAAGAAUAGAAAAGGAAAGGCAAGAAAAAGUUAAAGUUUUUAAAAAGUUAAUGCUAAAAAUACAAGAUAAGAGGAAAGAAAAUGAACUUGACACAGAGUUACUCGAGCUUACAGGCAAGGUUUUAAUGUCUAACCCUGAUAUAAAUACACUAUGGAAUAUAAGGAGAGAAAUAUUUCUUCACACCAGAAAAGAUUAUUCUGAGGAAGAUUUGAAAAAAAUGUAUGAUGAUGAAUUAAGCCUUACAGAGUAUUGUUUGAAAAAAAAUCCUAAAUCAUAUUGUGCAUGGCAUCAACGGAUGUGGGUGUUAACAACAAGAUCAGAUCCCGAUUGGAAGAAUGAACUUGAUUUAUGUAAUACAUAUCUUAAACUUGAUGAAAGAAAUUUUCAUACUUGGAAUUACCGUCGCUUUGUUGUGGGCCAGUGUAAACCUCCAUUGCAAGAUGAAUUUGAUUACACUACAGAGAAAUUACUUGAUAAUUUCUCUAAUUACUCCGCUUGGCAUUACAGAAGCAAAAUGCUGUUACAAUUAUAUCCAGAUGUUGAAGGAGGGCGUCCAAUACAAGAUAUACAUCAUAAGCAUGAAUUGAAAAUGGUGAUAAAUGCAGCAUUCACUGACCCCGAUGACACUAGUGCUUGGUUUUAUCAAAGAUGGUUAUUAGGUGCUGUGAAAACUAGCAUAAACCUAGUUGCGUGUACUAUGACUGAAUCUAAAAUAACUGUUGCAUUUAGCAAACCUGUUCCACUGGACUAUGUACAAUCAAGUACACAAAUUUUUAUUAAUAAUAAUGUUUUAAAUGGUGAAUGGGUUUCUUGUUGUGGAUACCAAUAUGAUAGUUUAUGGAUUUUAAAACAUAAAGUGGAUUUAAUAACUGAUACAGAUGUCAAGGCGGAAUAUGAAAAUGAAAAUAAAGAACGAAUAGUCAUUAAAUGUAUGAAAUAUAAGGAUAAUUUGUAUAUUGGUAAAGGUAAAGUCAGCUUUGAAAAUAAAUACUCGCAGCCUGUCAUUGAAGAAUUAAAUGACCAACUUAAAUCAUGUCGACAACUGCUUGUAUUAGAACCGGACAAUAAGUGGACUCUUUUAACAACUACUGUAUUUUUGCAUUGCAUUGAUGCAAAGUUGAAUCAUAAAGAAGCAAUAAAUAAUUUACAAAUUUUACAAAAGUUGGAUUAUCAACGGGCCGGAUAUUAUAAUGAUUUGAUAUCUAAGUGGUGUAUAGAAGAACAAUUGCCCAUAGAUUAUAGCUCAAAUUGUCUGCUAUUCAAACCAAAGAUGUCUGACAAACUCACCUGCCUACCCCACUUGCAGUAUUACAGCUUUUGCGAAGAAAUUGAUCUAUCAAACCAAAAUUUGUGCUCAAAAGUGUUACCCUCAUUAAUAUUACUUCAACAUUGUAAGGUCUUGAUUUUAAGAAACAAUAAACUGAACACGUUAAAAGGGUUUCCGAAUAUUGAAUUGGAAAAAUUAGACUUACAAGACAAUGGGAUCAAUGUUGAAGAAGUGGAACAAUUUAAAAAGGAUCAUAAAUUUGUUGUAAUAUUUUAACUGUAUUGUAUAUUGCGACGCCUAAUACACCAAAUAUUACAAAGGAUUGUAAAAUUGGUUAUGGAAUUGAUACUUUAAGAUUAAAAACACAAGACAAAAUUAAGUAGUGGGUCUACGGCCUUACACGAUGCUUUCAAUAAGUGACAAUUGUUUAGCUUUAUUAGUAUAUAAAAUUCAACAGUUUGAUUAUUUUCGCUAUAUUACCAGAUGUUAAUAUUUCAAAGCAUUGAGUGUUAAUAUUUUACUGUUUACUAUUUAUGCAUAAUAGUAACACUGGCUGUUUGGUUAAUUUAGUUUUUAUAUGAAUUUUUGUCAUAAUUACGCACUAAUGCAAUAAACUA